AUGGCACUGCGCUCUGGCUGGGCUUGCUUCGGCCGGGUGUUGCGCAGGGUUUGCGGGCUGCAGGGCUCGUGGCCGCGGCGCUCCAGCAGCCUCCUGUGUCUGUCUGUGCACAACGACAACAAGGGGAAGGCGUGGGGACAACGUCAGCCUCCGUACGCGCGCUGCUGCUUCGCGGGGAAUCCGAGGGGACAUGAACCCCUCGGACUCCGCUUCCUGUCGGCCAUGAAGCGGCAAAAUGUGCGCACCUUGUCCCUGAUCGUGUGCACGUUCACCUAUCUGCUGGUGGGAGCCGCCGUGUUUGACGCGCUCGAGUCGGACUUCGAGAUGCGUGAGAAGGAGCAGCUGGAAGCCGAGGAGAAGCGGCUCCAGGGCAAGUACAACAUCAGCGAGGACGACUACCGCAAACUGGAGAGUAUCAUCAUGGAGGCUGAGCCGCACCGCGCCGGGGUGCAGUGGAAGUUUGCCGGCUCCUUUUACUUUGCCAUCACGGUCAUCACGACUAUAGGCUACGGGCAUGCGGCGCCAGGGACCGACGCGGGCAAGGCCUUCUGCAUGUUUUAUGCCGUCCUGGGAAUCCCUCUGACUCUCGUAAUGUUCCAGAGUUUGGGUGAGAGGAUGAACACUUUCGUCAAAUACCUCCUGAAGCGAAUCAAGAAGUGCUGCGGCAUGAGCAUUACCGACGUUUCUAUGGAGAACAUGGUUACGGUCGGAUUUUUCUCCUGCAUCGGAACGCUUUGCAUAGGGGCAGCCGCUUUUUCCCAUUAUGAGGACUGGAGCUUUUUCCAGUCGUACUAUUAUUGCUUCAUAACUUUGACAACAAUAGGCUUUGGAGACUUUGUGGCCCUACAGAAGAACAGGGCGCUCCAGAAAAAGCCUUUAUAUGUUGCGUUUAGCUUCAUGUACAUCCUCGUAGGCUUGACCGUCAUUGGGGCGUUUCUCAAUUUGGUUGUCCUACGAUUUCUUACGAUGAACAGCGAGGAUGAGAGGAGGGAUGCGGAGGAGCGGGCGUCUUUAGCAGGGAACCGGAACAGCAUGAUUAUCCACAUUCAAGAUGAGACGUUGCCACGAGGACGUCGGAGGAGAGAGCCGUACAGGGGGGAUUUCCAGUCGGUGUGUUCUUGUAUGCACUAUCACUCACAUGACUUGGGCAGUUCCGGGGGUGGACUUGGAAACCUGGGCUGUUCUUUCUCACAUCAGAACUCAUUCAGCUCGCAGCUCAACCCCAGCCCAUACUUUCACUCGGUUUCCUACAGGAUUGAGCAGAUCUCACCCAGCACCUUGAAAAACAGUUUCUUCCCCUCGCCUGUCAGCUCGGUGUCUCCGGGCCUCCACAGCUUUACAGACAAUCACCAGCUUAUGAGGAGGAGGAAGUCCAUAUAA